AUGCCUCAAGCUGAGGACAAACGUCAGGCCGCCCGUGAAGUUAUUGACAUUCUUCACGAGAUCUCAACACUUUUGAACACGAAUUUGGACCGAACCGAGCUAUCCCUCUGUGUCUCUCUCAUAGAGAAUGGAGUCAAUCCAGACGCCCUAGCAGCAGUGAUUGCUGACCUAAGGAAAGAGACUGCACCAACAUCUCGGCAUGUUCUGCCUGAAUAG